UCACCCGGGCUCGGCUCUUGCCUUCUCCACACUUGUUUGAUUUAUGAGGAAUCCAAGAUGAACUUGGAGCAGGAGAGGCCGUUUGUCUGCAGUGCCCCGGGCUGCUCCCAGCGUUUCCCGACAGAGGACCAUCUCAUGAUUCAUCGGCACAAGCAUGAGAUGACUUUGAAGUUUCCUUCAAUAAAAACAGACAAUAUGCUCUCAGAUCAGACUCCAACACCCACGAGAUUCCUGAAGAACUGUGAAGAGGUGGGUCUCUUCAGUGAGCUGGACUGCUCCUUCGAGCAUGAGUUCAGGAAGGCUCAAGAAGAAGAGAACAGCAAGCGGAAUAUCUCCAUGCAUAAUACGGUUGGAGGGACCAUGACGGGACCUGGAGCUCACCAGCUGGGCAACACCCGGAUGCCCAACCACGACACCAGUGUUGUGAUUCAACAAGCCAUGCCAUCACCCCAGUCCAGCUCAGUCAUCACGCAGGCUCCCUCUACCAACCGCCAGAUCGGGCCUGUCCCAGGCUCUCUAUCAUCUCUGCUCCAUCUCCACAACAGACAGAGGCAGCCCAUGCCGGCCUCCAUGCCUGGGACCCUGCCCAACCCCACCAUGCCAGGAUCUUCUGCCGUCUUGAUGCCCAUGGAGAGACAAAUGUCGGUGAACUCCAGCAUCAUGGGCAUGCAAGGCCCCAACCUCAGCAACCCCUGUGCUUCUCCCCAAGUCCAGCCAAUGCAUUCAGAAGCCAAAAUGAGGCUGAAGGCCGCGCUGACCCACCACCCCGCGGCCAUGUCGAAUGGGAACAUGAGCACCAUCGGACACAUGAUGGAGAUGAUGGGCUCCCGGCAAGACCAGACGCCGCACCACCACAUGCACUCGCACCCGCAUCAGCACCAGACACUGCCGCCCCACCACCCCUACCCGCACCAGCACCAGCACCCCGCCCACCAUCCCCACCCACAGCCUCACCACCAACAGAACCACCCGCACCACCACUCCCAUUCCCACCUUCAUGCACACCCGGCACACCACCAGACCUCGCCACAUCCACCCCUGCACACCGGCAACCAAGCACAGGUUUCACCAGCCACACAACAGAUGCAACCAACCCAGACCAUACAACCGCCCCAGCCUACAGGGGGACGCCGGCGAAGGGUGGUGGAUGAGGACCCGGAUGAGAGGCGGAGGAAGUUUCUGGAAAGGAACCGGGCUGCCGCCACCCGUUGCAGACAGAAGAGGAAGGUCUGGGUGAUGUCACUGGAAAAGAAAGCAGAAGAGCUCACCCAGACAAACAUGCAGCUUCAGAAUGAAGUGUCCAUGUUGAAAAACGAGGUGGCCCAGCUGAAACAGCUGUUGUUAACACAUAAAGACUGCCCGAUCACAGCCAUGCAGAAAGAAUCACAAGGAUAUUUAAGUCCGGAGAGUAGCCCUCCCGCGAGCCCUGUCCCAGCAUGUUCGCAGCAGCCCGUCAUCCAGCAUAACACCAUCACUACGUCCUCCUCGGUCAGCGAGGUCGUGGGGAGCUCCACCCUCAGUCAGCUCACGACUCACAGAACAGACCUCAAUCCUAUUCUUUAAAAGGCAGUGGUCAGACCUGCCCCCCCCCCCCCCGAGAAGAGCUGGACCAUGCCAUACAUCCUUUCUCCAAAGGGCAUUUUUAGAAUUCACUCAGACCAGGAAGACGCCUCAGCCCUUCAAAGACUGGCUUUCCUUUUUAUAGUUAUUAUGGAAAUGUUGUCUUUUAUACUUAGUUAUAUAAGAAAAAGGGAGUUAUGCAAUGAAUAUCUAUCAGCUUGGGAAGCGCGCUGGUGCUUUUCUCCGAUUUUCUGGUACCAGUUUCUUGUUUAUAAACGGAAUCUUUCCUGUAUAUAGCCAUAGUUUCAAUCUUACCAGUCCAACCCUUUGCCUGGAACAACGAAUCUUGUUACAACUACAGCUUUUAGCCAAAAUGAGGUAUACUUCGAUGUCAAGUGCGAUGGAUCCACAGGAACUGGGUGGGAAAUCUGGUGAUGUCAUAACUCAUGUUGAGUUCGUGCUGUGACGUCACCAGAACCUCAGAUAAACGCAUGGGCUUUCCUGAGUUUGUUUUUGUGCUAGAAAAAAAAAAAAAAAGAAAGAAAGAAAGUAUGGUCCAUCGUCCCAAGAGAGCAACCAAGCAUCUCAGGCCCUCUCCUGCUCUUGCUCACUUGCUCAGAUUGUCCAAUAUUCGUCUCCACUGCCACUUCCCUGGGUUCGUUAUUCACUCUUGGCUUUGCCUUUUCCCCUUUAGCUUUGCAUGUGAAGAAGAAAAUAAUGUCUAAAGAGGGAAAAGAGCAAGUCUUGAAAGUGUGGGCCUAGCCAUUGCUUCGCUCGACUUUAACACACAGCUGGACUUCAUUCCACUCUUGCCUUUCACAAAAUAGCAGCCGGGAGAUGUUUAAUGUGCCUGAUUUAAAGUUUUUAAUAACCAGAGCAAAUAAAAAGUGAUUCAGUUCUAGGUGAAGCCCUACUGAAUGCCAGCUGUGGAGACACUAGGGAAGGGAACUUUGUAAGCCCCAACUGUGAAAGUUCAAAUUAGGACGUGGGCUCUGACAUCACACCCUCGAAUUACAACUCGUUUCUAUGGCCUGUCUAUAAUGUUGAAACCCCAUGCACUAUAUAAUAGUUCAGAAGGGCUCUGUUCACUACACAGAUUACAUUGUUCAGUCAUCAGCUGCUAAUAGCCUAAGAUUUAUUAUUAUUAUUUUUUUCCUAAGCCUAUGGAACCAGCUCUGCUAUUCUGGUGGGCAAAAGCAGGCUCACUCCUGGAGACAGAGAGGGAGAAAGCAAGGCCUGUGCUUCUGCAGGGUGCUUGUAGUCUGUCAUACAGACAGACUCUCCGGCUGCCAAUCAAGUUCCAUGGAGGUGGCCAGGCUGAUGCGCUCUUAUGGACGAUUCUGAUUCAUAUUUUCAGCAACUUCCAUGGACCUGCCCAUGCUGAAAAGCAGAUCAAACCCACACCACAGUUGUGCCUCCUUGAAACAAGCCAUUCGACUGUUCUGCUGGUGUUUUGGUAUCAUGUGUUUCUCACUGGCAGUCUAGGCGUAUGCUGGUGUCUCAUCUCCGCCCAAAUACUACUUCACCUCUAACCUGUGUGUCGGUGUGUGUGGGUGUGUGUGCCUGAGUGUGUGUGUGCGGGGACGUGUGUGUUUAUGAACAGUAUAGGUUUUAAAAGAACAGUAUUUUACAGAAGCUGUCACUUUUAUAAGAGUUCAGUAAAGGAAGGAUGUACUUUUUCGCUCACUAUAGUUUAAAAAAAUCUAUUUUAGAGGAAAAAAAAAGAAAAUAUGAGGGCUCUGAAGCAUGACUUUUAUAACUAGGUUCAGUUUUAUCUAAUAACUUACUUUUAAAAUCAAUAUUUAUCAACAGUUUUUUUUUCCAUGUAUGCUGUGCUUUUGAGAGACAAGUUUGACUGUUCAGUAAAGCUUAAGACUUGGAUAUAUGACCUAAGAAUAAGAAAACAAAUGCAAAAAAAAAAAGUAAAAAAAAAAAAAAGAAAGAAAAAGAAGAAUGAAAAGGGAGGAGAGAGGAUGGGGUGAGCAGGAUUUUCUGUUGUAUUUUAGGGGAUGUAAAGUGUAUCAUUUUCAAGUAUUUUAAAUACUGAAUUCAUAUUGUUAUUAUUUUUUUCUGAAUUCCAGCAGUAACAGAAUGGUUUAACCUAACUGGCUUCCUAGAAAUGUUUAAGAUUUACAUUUGAAAGAAGUUAAUAUCCAUCGCUCUGGUUUGAAAUCAAAAGUAAUUUUCUGCAAAAUUCCAUUCUUAGACCAUGUAGACAUUCUGCUUCCCUCAAAGGACAAGGGGGCAAGUCAGGGUGGCAGAGCUAGUAGCUAGUAUCUCCCAUUUGCUUUGAGUAAGCAAGACCCUUUCCUGCCUGCAUGCGUAGCACUCGAAGGAAGGGAUUUUUUUUUUAAACCACUGGUAACACCACAAUGUCCAGGGAGUGGCCUGCCUCUGAAAUGACGAUUUUCAGUUUACUCCUCUCCCACCUCUAGGCUGAAAUCCUUAGCUGUUAAACAGGCAGGCUUUGCAGUUAAGAACUUGCCUGCGUUUUCUUAAUUCAGCGGCUCGACAGCUUGACUGAUGUGCAUUAUUUAUAGCUCAAUUAUGUCUGUUUUUUAUGCUAAGUAGGCAAGCCACCCACAGCAAACCUUUCUCAACAUAUAAUUAGAAUAAACUGCCUUCUUGCUACGUGCAGGGCCUGUAGGUGUGUUUGUUUGCAGCAGGGGGCUCCUGCAGAGAGGGCUCCAGCUAGUCAGUACUCCCUACAGUCCCGAAGGGAAAAACUUCUUUCGGUGAAAUCUAAUUCCUGGUCCAUCCCUAAUAAAGAUUCCACAUAAAGGUCCAGACUUCAUUGGAUGGCAGAGCCUUCCUGAAAUGACCCUGGCAGUGCCUGCCACACACUGGCCACUCCAGGAGACCAUCCUUUAAUGCCAUAAUCUUCUCCCAGCCAGUUACAAUGUCAGCCAUGCAGACUCUUGGUGAAUCAGAGAUAAUGGUCUUUGGAGUCCUCCAUUCAAAAGAUGGAAGCCCCAGCAACACUGCCUCUCCUAACUCCUGUGUGGCUGCAUCAUCACAGGAUCUGCUUCUAAAGUCCUUGCCAGCCUCCUGGGCGCUUCUCCAGUCCCUCCCUGCCUGCUAAUGUACCGAGAGCUGGUAACUUAGUUCACCCCAGAGCCCUUCUGCCUGGUGGCUUCUCACCAGAUAAAGGCUUUGUUUCUCUUUGACACCUUCCUUGAUCUAUGAUUUGGGGGGGGAGGUAGAUUGAAAGCCCAGCCCCGGUGAAGGUACUAAUCUCAAAGCUAGAUAAUGGAGUUACGUGUGGUCCCAGGUGACCCUUUCCUACCCUUCUGUGAACAAGUGCAGGUCGCCAUAGUAACCCAACCUGUUGGAGUAGUAUGUGUGCCAUCACGGUGUGUAUCGUGAGAAUUUGGGUGACUGACUCCGCCUGUGCUCCUUGGAGCUUAUCUGGUCAAGAAAUAAAACGCAGUGCAUGUUCCGAGAGAGCUGUCGGUAGAGAGUGUUCAGGUGUCUGUUGUCUGCUAGUAAAGCAAAUUGUAGUAGCUUAGAGGUUGCCGUUGAAACCAUAAACCAGCUUCAGAAAAAUAACAACAACAAACAAAUAAACAAA